AUGCUUGGCAUUGAAGGCGGUUCGGAUGAAUCGACUCAAAAACAAAUCAAAACCGAAUUGACGGAUGAAGAAAUUGAGUUGGAUUUGAAGAAUAAUGUGCCUGAAAUUAUUCCGGUGAGUUUUUUUUCAAAAAGCUCUGGAUAGCUUCAGAAGGCUUCAGAAAGUUCACGCAACUCUUUUUUUUCGUAGAUUCAAUGCGGAACUCUCACCGCCAAAAUGCACACCAAUCUUUUCGUUUGCCCUGGAAUUCAUCAACAUUGUAUUGAGUUGGAUUGUGAGUUGCGGGAAGUGGGAAAAUAUUGGAAACACAGCUUACUCACCAGGCAAAAAAUCGAUAAUUUCAGUCUGAAAAUUCUGACAUAUUCAGAGCAGAAAUUCAAUAAUUUCAGCCUAAAAAUCCAGGCUUAUUUAGGCUAAAAAUAUCUGAAAAUUUCAGUACAAAAAAUCGAUAAUUUCAGUCUGAAAAUCCAGGCUUAUUUAGGCUAUAAAAUCAAUAGUUUCAGCCUAAAAAUUCAGGCUUAUUUAGGCUAAAAAUAUCUGAAAAUUUCAGUACAAAAAAUCGAUAAUUUCAGUCUGAAAAUCCAGGCUUAUUUAGGCUAUAAAAUCGAUAGUUUCAGCCUAAAAAUCCAGGCUUUUUUAGGCUAAAAAUAUCUGAAAAUUUCAGUACAAAAUUUUGCUCAUAUUAAAAAAUUUAGAAAAUCCACGUGGUAGCUUCAGAUUAGCGAUAAAUUUAUUGAUUUUUCUAGAACUUGACUCCAAUAACUUCUUCAAAAAAGAUCAAAUAAUUUUCCAGGCGAACCCGAUCUUAUCACCCCAAAAGCCUUCACAAUCCGCGCCAACAAAGAUCGACAAAAAGAUUGGAAAGCGAGUAUUCGAAUCGGAAAAUCGAAUCUGAGAACAUUGAUGGAGAUGAAACAUUUUGAUUUUCAUAAUCAUCAGACUUUUUGCUCUGCAAAAUGCCAAUCUAGAAAUUAUAUCGCACCUUCGCUGUUGGACAUGGAAAGGGAUGAAUUGCUGGCGUAAGUUUUCCUGGAAACUUCAGAGCUAAUACCCAAUUUUCAAUAAAAAAAUAUUUUUCAGACGCCAUUUACCAACAAUAAUCCCAAGAACUGAACCAACACUUGGAGCAUUAUUCAAAAAUCCACAAUUCUCCCAGUUCAUCCAAUCAGCCGGAACAUCAGCUGGAACAUCAGCCGAAUCUGCACAAACAUCACAACUUCUAUCGACUAUUCAACAAUUCACAAAAAAUGAGCAAUUCCGAAUCGCAGCCGAAACCAAUGCACUGAUGACCAAAAUGACAACUCAGCCGAUGGUUUUUUGGGGCGAAAUGCAGAAUCUUGGAAUUUCCGAACAAAUUAUUGAUCAAAUGGUUGAGACGUUGAACGCGAUGAGAAUGGAAUUGAAAAAUGGACAAAUUGAAAAUAUUGCGCCACUUUUGUCGAAAUCGAUUGCUUCGCUUGGAGUUUGUGAUCGUGUUGUUCGGACGAUUCGGAGGAGGAGCUCGAUUUCUGGGAUCAAUCGAUUUUCGACUGAGGAAGAUAUAAACCUAAAACAGACCUAA